UGUAAUUUAAUAAAUACUAUAUUAUAAUAAGAACAAGUAAUUAAAAUGAAAUCUGUCCAAGAACCUGAGGAUAUAAAAAUUGAAGAGCUAGAUGGGAAAGCAAAACUGAGAAAAUGGUUAAAUAUGAACUUUAGAAUAGAAAUGACUGAUGGACGAAUUCUUAUCGGAGUGUUUCUUUGUACGGAUCGAGAUGCUAAUGUUAUACUGGGUGCUUGUUCAGAGUAUUCAAAGAAUAGUGAUGGAGAGCCUGAAGAACCAAGAGUGCUAGGUCUGGUCAUGGUGCCUGGUAGGCAUAUAGUCUCAAUACAGAUAGAUGAUACAAAUCCACCCCAAAAAUAUUAUUAUGAGGAAUGAA